AGGAGGUGAGUGAGCAGCCAGGAGGAGCUAAGCUGGUCUGGGACUCUCCAACAUGAGCCUCCUCCUCCGCAUUCUGCGCCCAGGGCUGGGCUCGUGUGUUCCUCGAUUAUUGGCAAAUAGACUGGGGUCCUUUUCAACAUUCCCAGAAAGGAGCCCGUCUAGUGAUGCCCAGCCAGAGGAACUCAGGAAGCCUAUUGGUCGUUAUCCGAUUCCUUACAAAAAGGAACUCCCUUUUGAUAUAGUGGAGCUCAUGGAAGAGAUAGAAAAAAAGACUGGAUUUUUACCAAAUAUCUUUAAGGUGUUAGCCCAUCGACCAGGGGAAUUCAGAGCAUUUUUUGCUUACUACAAUGCCAUUAUCAACAAAGAAACAGGUCACCUCAGCAAGGCUGAUAAAGAACUCAUCAUCGUUGCUACAAGUGUUAGUAAUAGGUGUCCCUACUGUGUUAUUGCUCAUAGUGCUCUGCACAGAAUAUAUUCCAAAAAUGCUGUUCUGGCUGAUCAGGUCAGCAUUAAUUGGAAAAAGGCUGAGUUAUCACCUCGAGAGUUAGCUAUGCUAGAAUUUGCCCUUGCUGUUAGUCGGGCUGAUGACAUAACAGAAGAACAUUUUAAAAAGCUGGAGUUGCAUGGUUUUGACCGAGAAGAUGCCUGGGAUAUAGCUUCCAUUUCUGCUUUCUUUUGUAUGUCUAACCGUAUUGCUCAUUUUAUUGAUCUGAUGCCCAACAAAGAAUUUUAUUCAUUGGGUAGAGCAAAUGAUCACAGUCUGUAAAAGCAUGUACACCACAAUGGCAACAUAAAAUGUGUGUAUUUAUUUUAUUUGUGCAAAUUUUGGUCUGUCUGUUAAUAAGUUUUUUUUCCCUUAGUCCCUUAAUAUUUAGUUUACAUAACAAAUGGGAAAUAAACUCAUUUACUAUUCUACCUUUAGUACCACUUUUGCUGAAGUUGGUGGAAUUUAGCACUUAUGUAAGUAUUGAUAAUUCAGAAGACUUUUACCUAUAGAGGGGAUUAUCCUCAGUUUUUUUUAUUAUGAAAAAAAUUACCUUCAUUUCCAACUAUUUCUCCCAUUUAACCCCUUCGCUUAUUAACAUUCCCUUAUUAAAAAAGAUAAAUAAUUGUCCAGCAACCAAUAUAUUGGGUCUAACAGUAUAUGCAACAUUUCUCAUCUAUAGUCUUCAGCCUCUUCUAUGAAGGGAGAUAGGUACAUUUUCUCAACUCCUUUCUGGGGCUAAGCUUAGAUUGGCAUUGGUGUCAUUAUGCAUAUUAUUUUGCUGGUUCUGCUACCUUCAUUCAGAAAUCUUCUAGGUUUCCCUGAAUUCUUUUUUUUUUUUGGUGGUAUAGUAAUAAUAUUCUACUAUGUUUAUGUACUACAAUAUAUUGAGCCAUUUCCUAAUUAUUGUGUUGGCACACUAUUACUUUUAGGUGUUCUUAAAGGAGAAUUUGGAGGAAAGGGAAACAGAAAUAUGACUCAGGGACAUUCUAAGAAUUGAUAAUCAACUCUAUCAAAUUAGCCAUUUUAACUAAAGCCCUUAGGGUUUAAGACUGUAGUUUUCCUAAAGCUAUUUUUGCUGUUGAUAAAAAAAAUGUAUAAACAUGAUAUGAAAUGAAUUCUUUUCUGAGGUAGAUUUAGGGACUCAAAUGAAAGGCAUGUCAAUAUGAGCAGACCUAUUUUAUUUCAGCACUUUCCUCAUCCCCCUUUUUUAGCUUUAGUUGAAUACCUGAUAGAGAGGUAAAGAGUGCCUUCUUUCUCAGUUGACCAGUCUCCAAUGACUUUUACUAAUGGACUGUGAAAUCAUAAUCAUUUAAACAGAAUUUUGGUCCAUAAAUAACUAUUUUCCUUUAGGUUUAAAUAAAGGUUGUCUAAGUAGUGUAGGAGCUCAUAACAUAUCACAGGCCAAUGGGUACCCUAUUAGUGAAGUAAGAGCAAAAGAAAUGCAAAACUUGAAGCAAUUUUUUGUAUAGAAACGAUUCAGAUUUUCUUUCUGAAGGGAAUUGGUUCUUUUUACUUCUACUGUUUCUUACAUUUUGUAUGGUUCUCUUUGACUUUAAUGGGUUUUUAUAUAUAGAUUUUAUGUGGUUAUAAAAAUUAUAUACAGUCUACUUGGUAUUUUCUCUAUUCAUAUGUUUUUCCUCAAUAUUUUUCAAAUUAAUUAGUCAGUAAAUAAAUCAUAAUCUGCUUUGAGAGCUGAGAUAUAUUAAAGCUUGAUUUGAUUUAACUGUGAAACAGGAUUAACUUGAGUCUGUGAACAAAAUAUCAAAUAUGAGGGAAUUGUUAUGACUGUACCUCAAAUACUAUACCUCAUGAAAUAUAAUGUUUUGGAGUUAAUUUCACAAAUAAACUUAAUUAAAUUGG